AUGUCUCGCUUCUUGAGACCGAGCGCACUACCCCAGACAAAACGGCUAUACUCAACUGUCCAGCUAUCUCCCCCUGGCGUAUCCAACUUCACACUCGCUGUUCGAGCAGGACCGCGAUACGAGCCCAAAGCCGGUGUUGCUCAUGCACUCAAAAACUUUGCCUACAAGUCCAAUGACUUUGGCUCAGCUCUGAGGAUCGCACGUGAAUCGGAACUCUUUGGUGCUCAACUCACCGCUUCUCUGACUCGAGAGCACCUCUUGCUCUCAGCUUCAUGCUUGAAAGGAGACGAGCAGAGAUUCCUCGACAUUUUGACCAAUGUGCUAUCCACCACCAACUUUCACCCUCACGAGUUCGCUGAACUAGUCGUUCCCACUAUGGCGGCGGAAUCAGCCGCUGCAGCAGCAUCCUCGACAGUCACCGCUGUCGAAGCUCUGCAUCAUACAGCGUUCCGUCGUGGACUCGGCAAUUCUCUGUAUGCCUCCCCUCUCAAUCCUGUCAGUGCCGCCGAUGUGGAACAGUUUGCCCGAACGGCCUUUGCCAUGAGCAACAUCCAGUUCAUUUCAAAUGACGUGAGCUCUGGUCCAUUCUCAAGAAAGUUUGGACGCCUGCCGUUCAACAAGCACCGGAGUGAAUACCAUGGAGGAGAGACCCGUAUCGCAAUGCCGCACGGUGUCGCUCCAACGAUAGCAGUUGGAUUCGGCCAGGACUGGCCGGCCGAUAGUACGCUCCAGGUGCUGGCCGAAGUGCUUGGAGGAACUCCCAGUGUCAAAUGGGGAUCCAAGCCCGGCAUUCUCGGUGAAAUCGAUGCCACGAUCGAGACUCGCCUGAACUCCUAUUCAGAUGCCGCACUCAUCUCCAUCGUCAUGACCGCGCCAACAGACAAAGCUCUCGCCGUCGCUGCUCAUCAGCUACGAGGCCUCUUGGAGGAAGGAUUCGAAUUCCAUGAUGAGGUGGUCGAGGCAGCCAAGGAGAAGGUCCGAUUCACCGAGUGGGCGAAGAUGGAGACGGUGCAGGGACAAAUCGACUUUGCCCUCGCACAGGAAAUCGCGGACGAUAUCGAGAAUGUAACCACAGAAGAUUGCAUUGAGGCAAUGGACUCAAUCUUGGAUGGCCUACCGACAUAUGUGGCUGCAGGAGAUCUCAGCGUCUUACCCUACGCUGAUGAGAUUGGUCUUGGGGGCGGAAGCUCGGCAUAG